AUGAAAAAGAAAGAUGAGUUUGAGAUUGAACCCAUUGGUGUUGGCCCACCAAGGUUUGACCCAUAUCAAAGACUUCUGGCCCGAUUCUACGAGCCAUUAUUUCUUUUGAGGGCACUUGGACAAACGCGAGGCGGACAUACACCCCGGCCCUUGAGCCUCAAUGCUCUCAUGGAAAGGAGACGAAGAUUUCUGCAGAACCUUGCCUAUGUGUGUGACUUCGAAAAAGGAGGGGAUUCUUGUACCGCAAUAGGCUUGGAAAGUCGCCAAAGUUGCUACCUGUUCUGGGUUGCUUCGAACAGCAUGAUCGAAAAGAUAGUUUCCUUUCUCAACACGGCACUCAAUAUCUUGAUGAGCGCGAACAGCCAGCCUGUCUCUGAUCUGGCAGCCACAGAGUCUGCAUUCAUUCAGCUUUGCGUGGACUUUGCAACUUCUCGCAUCGACCUGGAGCGCAAAAAUCUUGAAAGGGAGGCGAAGAACUGCAUUUUAAGUCUCACAGAAACGACCUCAAAAACUGCCCAGCAAUUGGUCAAAUGGCUACGCAUGAUCAUUGAUCUCAGUGACAACAUCGAGCUUUGCCACCUCGCUUAUAAGAGUCGCAAUUCGGUCUAUAUCGACCAGAUUACAGAAAUGGGCUUACAAGAAGAGAACGAACUAGACCCUGCAGGCAGGCGCUCAUGUUUUUGCCUAACCAGACAUCACUUUUUGGCACUUGCCCAUCACAUACGGGCACCAAAAAAGCUUUUUGACGACUCCCUUCAUUUGGGACACAUAUUGCAAACAUAUGAAGUUUGUGGCAUUGAUCCAUUUCCAAGUGUACCAGGACCAGUGCGCGAUUCUCAUACAAACCUCCGCGGAGUUCUGAAUCGUAUGUACAAAACGCCUGGAGAGGAAAAGGACUCUGUCAGGGAAGGUCUCCUCUACUUGAACAGAAUUUCAUCUUCUCGAAUCUUUGAUAGUUUUGUGGAACAAUACGACCAUGACUAUCCUCAGGUUCAUGCUGAAGUUCAGGUUUUAGAGCAUUUUCACCAGAAAAGGCUCUCAUUUGCACAUAACGAUCGAUUUGUUGCCUGCAGCAAGCCUGCAUGCCUUUGCUGUGAGCUUUAUUUCAAGCAUCAUCCAGCACGCAUGGUGUUGCCACCAUCCCACCGGAAAGUCUGGACAAGAUGGAGCCCUCCAGCCGUAAAGGCAUUUAACAAGGGCGACGCGGCAACUCGAGAGCAAAUCCAGAUUAUGAGCAAAAUCACGCAAGACCUCCGGGAUCAGAUCAUUGACCAAGUUUUGCAGCGCUCACAAGCAAGUCGCUGGCAUGCAGACUCGAUAACUUACAUCACGGAGACAGUCUCCGGAGGGAGGAUUAAGUUACUUGAUGAGCAACACAUUUCCGAGAAUUCUUGCGGCAAAUCUGUUGCAAAUUCAUCGAAUAGUCCAGAAACCGGAGAGCAAGGUGGGCUAGAUCAGGAACUUGAUUCGGACGAUGGCGGCGUGUCUAUUGACCUUUAA